AUGACAAAGCUUGCCCAGCCCCACCAAGUUGUGGGUAAGUACAUGAACAAGGACAAGUUCUCCCUUGAGGUUGCCAUCAUGGAAGUCACCUCCGCGCCGCUCGGGGUCUGCACCCGCGCUCGCUCGCUCGCACUGCAACGCAUGAAGAAGAAGCGGACGCAGUGGGAGGGGAAAGAGGGUGCUUACGGUGAUUAUCUGGAGCUGAGAAGUCGUAGGCUCAAGAAGCUGCCGCUACCGGUGCCAAUUCGGAAGAGGUGCCGAGGGAGGAAGGCGGCGGCCAUGACUGCAGCCGCUCAGGAAGAGGCGGAGGGGUCAUUCGGCGAGAACAUUCUCGAGUUGGAAGGCAUGGAUAGGAGCACCAGGGAGACGACGCCUUGCAGCUUGGUUAUCUUGGAGACGAUAAGCACCCGUGGAUCCACAACAAGACCCAGCCACUCUUCCCACCGCAGGGUGCAAGUUCCGGUGCGCACCAUCUCAAUCUCAUGGAAGGAGUUGUUUGCUGACACAGAGCGACAGCAACAACAGGCUUUCAUUGACAAGUACAACUUUGAUCCUGUGAAUGACUGCCCUCUCCCAGGCAGGUAUGAAUGGGUGAUGCUAGACUGAUAGAUUUUCAGGACAAGAGAGCAACAACAUGGACCUAUCCUCUGCUCCCUCCAACACCACAGUGUCGUGGCAGAGGCGCAUACCGUCGCAUUAGCAUUGUUUCUGCUGUAAGAAAUUAGGGUUAGCCUGUAGCCUUAAUUGCCCUGUGUAACAAUACAGAGUUGAUGCUGAGUUACAGUACCCUGAUCAUCUUUGAUUCUGUAAGGAACCUAUCACCCUGCUACCAGUUGCUAUAUGAAUGAAGUA